AUGAUAAAGCAAACACAUUCUCAAUGUCUUCCAUCUUGCCAUCAAAGCCCUCCCUCGCAUCGCCACUUGCUAGUUCUACUACUUGCUUCCAUCACUUCAGUCGUCGUCGUCGUGUGUCAGCAGGCCACAGCUUCGAGCAACGACACAGACCAGCUCGCCUUGCUUCACUUCAAACAAGGAAUCACUGACGACCCCAAUAUGAUUCUCAGCUCUUGGAACGAUUCCCUCCAUUUCUGUAGUUGGUUCGGAGUCACCUGCAAUUCAGGUGACACUCGAGUCAUGUCUUUGUCCCUGGACCACCAACAUCUAGUAGGCACUUUGUCCCCUUACAUAGGCAAUCUCACCUCUCUGCAGGGUCUCGGUCUCAUAGGCAACACCUUCCUCGGAGAAAUCCCCCAGCAACUCGGCAACUUGCUCCUCCUCCGCCACCUCAAUCUCUCUGACAACUUAUUCACCGGCGAAAUACCCCUCAACUUGACUCGUUGCGUCCUGCUAAACUUCUUGUUGUUGAAGCGAAAUAACCUGACCGGCCCCAUCCCUCCAGAGAUAGGAACACUAAACAAACUUGAGUAUCUGCAACUCGGGAUCAACAAUCUCACGGGAGAACUCCCUCCUUCCUUGGGAAACCUUUCAACGCUAAUCGAAUUCAAUGUUGCAUACAAUGGGCUGGUGGGGGGCAUACCAGAAAGCUAUGGCCGGAUCUCGAGUGUAGAGAUGUUCAUCCUUGGUGUCAAUCAGCUCUCCGGCAUCGUUCCUAAAUCUCUUUACAAUCUAUCAUCGCUCAACAUGAUGACACUCACGGUAAACCAGUUCCAGGGGGAUCUGCCACGGGACAUUGCCUACACUCUGCCUAAUCUUCAGAUGUUUGCCAUUUCGAGGAAUGCGUUCACAGGAUACAUCCCUGCCUCGUUCUGCAAUGCCUCCAAACUUCUGAGUUUGAACAUGAACUACAACCAUUUCCAAGGCCGGAUCCCCGACUGCCUCGGAAAUGUACCAACACUCGAAACACUGGACGCCGCUGCAAACAACCUUGGGAGCAAUUCGACUGGCGACUUCGCGUUCCUGAAGUCGCUGGUGAAUUGCAGCCAUUUGACCCGUGUGGGUGUUUCUUUGAACAACUUGGGGGGACAGCUUCCAGAGUCCUUAGCAAAUUUUUCGGCUUCCACGUUCAAGCAAUUAUACCUGGGUGUCAAUCAGGCCACAGGAUUCAUCCCCGAAGGGCUCGGGAAUCUCAUUCAGGUAGCUGAAUUGGACUUGACCGUCAAUCACUUCACAGGACCCAUCCCAUCUUUCCUUGGAAAGCUUGCGAAUUUACAAAGAGUUGAACUUUCAGGAAACCAGCUCUCAGGUCGGAUCCCUUCCUCCAUAGGAAACCUCACCAAGCUGUUUGAAAUAGACAUUUCAUUCAAUGAAUUGCAAGGGAAUCUACCUUCAGAUAUUGUCCGCGGUCAGAAGUUGGAUCUGUUAGAUGUUUCGAGUAAUAAGUUGGACGGGAUAGUUCCUCCGGAGAUAAUGCAACUGGCCACCCUUUCGAUAUUACUGAACCUGUCGCGGAACUCAUUCACAGGCCAUCUACCUGGAGGAGCAUGGAAACUUCAAUCUCUUACUUCAUUAGAUCUCUCACACAAUAACUUCACAGGUGAAAUUCCUGCUGUGAUGGGUGGUUGUAAGAGCUUGGUGAACCUAUACCUACAGAGCAACUCAUUCACUGGAAAGAUUCCUGACGCUUUGGCUUCUCUGGGAGGGAUAGAGCAAAUGGAUCUUUCCCACAACAGUUUAACUGGAAGAAUCCCGUUGCCUCUGCAGAACAUUCAUGGUUUGAAGUACUUGAACCUUUCUUUCAAUGAUCUUGGUGGCGAGGUGCCAACUGGAGGAGUUUUUUCCAACACAAGCACCUUAUCUUUAGCCGGAGCUAACGUGAUGCUAUGUGGUGGUGUCUCGCAACUGCAUUUGCCCAAAUGCAGAGGAACUCAGAGGAACAACACUAAGAGGUCUCUCAAGGUGAAGUUGUUAACCAUAAUGGUUCCUUCUUUGUUCCUCUCUAUCCUCGUGGUAGGGGGAAUAUUCUUCUAUUACAUGAGUAGAAGAAGAUCAAACAAGAAAAAAGUGUUUGAUGAUCUUGCCUUGGGUAAAUUGGUCGUGGUUUCGUACAAAGACCUCCAUCAGGCAACUAAUGGAUUCUCUGCAGCCAACUCGAUCGGGUCAGGUGGUUUUGGCAUGGUGUUCAAAGGUGUACUAGAGCAUACCGGAACACCGGUGGCGAUUAAGGUGCUCAGAAACGGGGAUAACAAAGUGGACAAGAGUCUGAAGGCAGAGUGCAAAGCUUUGAAGAAUGUUCGCCAUCGAAACCUUGUAAGGCUCAUAACCUUCUGCUCUAGCUUGGACUAUAAGGGCAACAAUUUCAACGCUCUGGUUUACCAAUUCAUGGAGAAUGGAACCUUGGAGAAGUGGCUUCAUCACUCGGAUGAUGAUGAUCAUCCCAACUUAAGCAUGAUACAACGAAUCAACAUCGCGUUGGAUGUAGCAACUGCACUGCACUACCUUCACGAACUCAACGGAGGAGUAUCCAUCAUCCACUGCGAUUUGAAACCCAGCAAUGUCUUACUGGACGCGGACAUGGUAGCUCAUGUAAGCGAUUUCGGUCUCGCCAAGCUUCUGUCAGUCGAAGCUGAUCAUCACAGCUCGUUAUCUGGGAGCAAAACGAGUAGCCUUGGUGUGAGGGGAACGAUCGGAUAUGCUCCUCCAGAGUACGGAAUGAGUGCGACGACUGGUACAAAGGAAGGGGAUGUUUACAGCUACGGAAUCCUUGUGCUGGAAAUGAUGUCCCGAAAAAGGCCAACUGAUGAAAUGUUCGGCGGUGGUGGCGGCGCCGAGUGGCUGAACCUACGCGACGCUGUGAAAGCUGCUCUGCCGAAUGAUAUAUAUUCAGUGUUGGACCCAAAACUGUAUUCACCAGAGGACAGGGACGCAGCCGAAGCAGAGGACAGGGAUGAAAUCGAAGAAGAAGAAGAGGAUGGGAAUGUAAUGCCCGCGAUAAGAAGGACCGCCGCUUUGCAGCAUAGAAAUUACUGCUUCGUUUCAGUGCUGGAAAUCGGGGUGGCUUGCGCAGAAGAAUCGCCGAGAGAGCGAAUGAAGAUUGAUGAGGUUGCACGAAAGCUGCUCUCCGUUAGGGAUUAUUUCCUGGUAAAUUGCGUCAAUUCCAGCAGAGCACGCCAGCGGUCAUCGAGAGUAGCGAAUCCAAAUGAUUAG